AUGAGUGAAGAACGCUGGGUCUCCCUCACUUCAGAAGAAUUUGACCAACUCCAGAAAUAUUCAGAAUAUUCUUCCAAGAAGAUAAAGGAUGUCUUGGCCGAAUUUAAUGAGAGUGGAAGCCUCAAACAAUUUGACUCACAUGAGACAAUUAGCUAUGACGUCUUCAAGUUGUUCAUGAGGGCAUACCUGGAGGUGGACCUGCCCCAGCCACUGAGCACGCACCUCUUCCUGGCCUUCAGCCAGAAGCCCAGACAGGAGGUCCCUGACCACCCAAAAGAGGGGACCAGAAACAGUGAGGCCAGUGCCCCAGAUUCUAAUAUACAGAAUGUGGAUAAUGCUGCCAAAGCCGAUGAGGCCUGUGCCCCUGAUAUGGAAUCAGAGAUCACCGAGAAGCAAGUGCCCGCUAAAGAUCAAGGGGCUGCAACCUCCCUGGGAAACCCUGUUGCUCAGUCUUCAGGCUCUGAACCCCCGACCGUGUACCUGAAGGAUGUCGUGUGUUACCUGUCUCUGCUGGAGACAGGGAGACCUCAGGAUAAGCUAGAGUUCAUGUUUCGUCUCUAUGAUUCGGAUGAGAACGGUCUCCUGGAUCAAGCGGAGAUGGAUCGUAUUGUCAACCAGAUGCUGCAUAUUGCUCAGUAUCUUGAGUGGGAUCCCACGGAGCUAAGGCCUAUAUUGAAGGAGAUGUUGCAAGGGAUGGACUACGACCGGGACGGCUUUGUGUCUCUACAGGAAUGGGUCCACGGAGGGAUGACCACCAUCCCAUUGCUGGUCCUCCUGGGCAUGGACGACUCUGGCUCCAAGGGGGAUGGCAGGCACGCCUGGACCAUGAAGCAUUUCAAGAAACCAACCUACUGCAACUUCUGCCACGUCAUGCUGAUGGGCGUGAGGAAGCAAGGCCUGUGCUGCACGUACUGUAAAUAUACCGUCCACGAACGCUGUGUAUCCAAAAACAUUCCUGGCUGUGUCAAAACGUACUCAAGAACCAAAAGGGGCAGCGAGGUGAUGCAGCACGCGUGGGUGGAAGGGAACUCCUCGGUCAAGUGUGAUCGGUGCCACAAAAGUAUCAAGUGCUACCAGAGUGUCACCGCGUGGCACUGCGUGUGGUGCCGGAAGACGUUUCACCGCAAAUGUGAAUUAUCCACAGUGUGUGAUGGUGGGGAACUCAAAGACCACAUCCUACUGCCCACCUCGAUCUGCCCAAUUACCCAGGACAGGCAAGGUGGGAAGUCUGAUGGUGACGCGUCAGCCAAGGGUGAACUUGUAACGCAGUACAAGAUCAUCCCCACCCCGGGUACCCACCCCCUGUUGGUCUUGGUGAACCCCAAGAGUGGAGGGAGACAAGGAGAAAGAAUUCUUCGGAAAUUCCACUAUCUGCUCAACCCCAAACAAGUUUUCAACCUGGACAAUGGGGGGCCUACUCCAGGACUGAACUUUUUCCGGGAUACUCCAGACUUCCGUGUCUUGGCCUGCGGAGGAGAUGGGACAGUUGGCUGGAUUUUGGAUUGCAUUGAUAAGGCCAACUUUGCAAAGCAUCCACCAGUGGCUGUCCUGCCUCUUGGAACAGGAAAUGACCUGGCCCGAUGUCUCCGCUGGGGAGGAGGCUAUGAAGGGGGAAGCCUGACAAAAAUCCUGAAGGAAAUUGAGCAGAGCCCCUUGGUGAUGCUGGAUCGCUGGCACCUGGAAGUCAUCCCCAGAGAGGAGAUGGAGAACGGGGACCAGGUCCCGUAUGACAUCAUGAACAACUACUUCUCCAUUGGUGUGGAUGCUUCCAUUGCACACAGAUUCCACGUGAUGAGGGAGAAACACCCCGAAAAAUUCAACAGCAGGAUGAAGAACAAGCUGUGGUACUUUGAAUUUGGCACCUCGGAGACCUUCGCAGCCACCUGCAAGAAACUCCAUGACCACAUAGAGUUGGAGUGUGACGGGGUUGGGGUGGACCUGAGCAACAUCUUCCUUGAAGGCAUUGCCAUUCUCAACAUUCCAAGCAUGUAUGGUGGCACCAAUCUCUGGGGAGAAACCAAGAAGAAUCGGGCAGUGAUCCAGGAAUGCAGAAAGGUUGUCACUGACCCCAAGGAACUGAAAUUCUGCAUCCAAGACCUCAGUGACCAGCUUCUUGAAGUGGUGGGACUAGAGGGAGCCAUGGAGAUGGGGCAGAUCUACACUGGCCUGAAGAGUGCGGGCAGGAGGCUGGCCCAGUGCUCCUCUGUCACCAUCAGGACAAACAAGCUGCUGCCGAUGCAAGUGGAUGGAGAGCCCUGGAUGCAGCCACCUUGCACGAUUAAAAUUAUUCACAAGAACCAAGCACCCAUGAUGAUGGGACCUCCCCAGAAGAGCAGCUUCUUUUCCCUGAGAAGGAAGAGCCGUUCAAAAGACUAAACAAUGUGCCAAUUGCCAGUGAAACCAAGACAGAAAACAAGAAACUGUAACACACACACAC